AAAGCCGGUUAGUGAGUUAGUCUGUUUCGAACCUUUAUAGCAUUCGUUGCAUAGAGUUUUAAUUCAACCCGAAUAAUAUAAAAUUUAUAAUAAAUUUUUAAAAAUAAUAUAUAGAUAAAUAUUUUACGUAAAUAUCUCAGUGAUUAAUUGUGUUUAUAAGCAAAUAACCAAAAAAAAAAAAGGAUUACAUUUUGGAUUAUUGAUAAGUUUUAUAAGGAUUAUCACAUAAAAAGUUUGUAAAAUAGAAAUAAUAAAAAAUCACUAUGUGACUGCAUUGAGCCAAGAUGAUAAUUAUCAUUCAUCUUUGCUAUAAAAGAUAAUCAGUGAUUUGAUCGGAAUGGGAAGACGUUCAGGUGCUUGUUCAAGAGGAUCUAAAAAAAGUAUUUUAUUUUACACAACUGAUUGUGGUGACGAUAAAGAAGACAUUGGAUUAAAAUUUCAACAACGUUCAGUGUCUCUUACGGCUCUUCAUACUGGUGUUGGUUCACAGCCACAAUAUAUCGAGCCAAGAAUGGCCCAACUUGAAACCCUUGAGGCUAAGAUGGCAAAUAUUGAAGUAUCAUUAUCAACAACACCAAGAAGAAAAAAAGGAGGAAGUAUAUCCGGGGGAAUGACCUCACCAGCCGGUCACAGAAACAAGGAUCAGUAUAAAGAGGUCGAUGCUCUUAGGGUUGCCCUUCGGGACAAGGAGAACAUAAUCCAAACACUCAAGGGUCAAUUAUGUAAUACAUACAGUAAUCGUAUAUCAUCAAGAAAUGGUUCAGCACCCUUGACUGAAGCUGAUAAAAAAAUAACAGAAGAUAGAUUACAAAGAUUAAAACGUGAUUCUGAUAAUAAACGUCUUACAAUUAAAAAUCUUAAAUUUGCAUUAGAACGUCUAGACAUAACAGACAACAUUGACAUUAAAAUACAACAAGCAGAAUUAGAGUAUCGACUUGGUCGUGAAGAACUGGAGUUGCUGACGUUAAGAGAAGAGAGUCGUGCACUUCAAGCUGCUCUAGAAUUGGCUGAGACCCAAGAAAAACAAAAAAAUUGUACAAUAUUCAGCUGUGUUUCGGAUACAACACAAAUGACAAUUCAUGCUGUUGAAAUAAGUGCAGAUCCAAAAAGUCCACGUUUUGGUGCUGGACCAAAAGAUGAUGCUGCUGGUAUUUAUGUUGAUUGGGCUGUUGAAGAUUCUGGUCUUUGCAAGGGUGACAGAAUUUUGGAGGUAAAUGGAAAAUUAGUUGUUGGUGCUGGACGUAAUGAUUUUGCAAGAUUAUUAGCUGUAACACCAGAAGCAGCACAAAUAAUAGUACUAAGAAAAAGUGAAUCAUUAGCAGCUUUAAGAACUUUAAGAUCUGAUAAUUUACGUUUAACACAUAGAAUUGGAUAUCUUGAAGAACAAGUAAGAGAUUUAUUAUCACAACCAUUAAGAACAGAAAAACCAGUUGUUCCAAUUGUUGAAUCACCAAUACGUAAAGAUAAUAAUAAUCAUCUUCAAGUAUUUCAAAAAGGACCACAAGUAACAGCACUUGUUGGUAAUUUACCUGGUUUAAAUGCUCGUAGUUCUUGUGAUUUACGUCAAAGUAUAUCAUCUGGUAUAAAUAAUCGUCAAAGUGAACAUUCAAAAAGACUAAAUGAUAUGCGUGAUAAAUAUAAUAGAGAACAAGAUAUAACUGAUGGUACAUCAAGUCUACAAUAUAAACCACGUAGUAAAGAUAAAUUAUCACCUGGUUUUCAACUAACACGUUCAACAGCUAGUCUUGAUAUUAAAACACAAAAUAAUACACAUAGAAGACGUUCAUCAAAAUUUGAUACAGCUAUUGAUCAUUUUAAUAAUAAAAAUCGUAAAAGUACAAAUGCAUUACAAUCACUUGAAUUUGAUUCAGAACCAACGUAUUAUCGAAUGCAGGAUAAUCAAUCACGAGCAUCAGAACAAUCUGAAAUAUCUAUUAAUAGUUAUAAUACUCAAGAACGUAAAACACGUCCAACACCACCAAAAAAACCUCUUAGAUUAUCAUUACAUCGUACAGCAUCACUUCAAUCAGUUGAAAAUGCACCACCACCAACAUCACAGCAACAACAACAACAACAACAAAUUGAAACACCAAGAAAACCAGCUAAAAGAAAUUAUCGUGGUGAUUUAUCAUUAAAUGGUCGAUUAGAUAAUGAUAUGACUUAUCAAACAAAUGAUCAUCCACCAUUACCACCACCAAGAACACCAUCACGUGCUGAAUCUUGUCAAAGUGCAUUAAGAUGGCCAUCACCAAAACCACGACCACAUCUUGCUUCAGUUACAAUUGACAAAUGGUGUUAAUAUUUAAUGUAAAAAUAAUUUUAAGCAAUUAUUGCCCAAUGUGCAAUUAUCAUCAUCAUCAUCGUCAUCAUAAUAAAUAACAUAAUAAUAAUUAUUAUUUUCAUUUUAAUUAAGUAAAAGAUGAUAUAUUUUUUAAGAAUUUACAAAAAGAAAAAAA